AUCAUUAAGAUAAUAAAAUUCUACCGUCUUUUAUAUUAAUUGUAACAGAUUAUAAAAUUUUACAUCAAGAGUAUUAUAAAUUCAUAUUGGAUCAGGAGAAGUCUAGUUCUCAUUGGAGUAUUUAACUUAUGGAGUUUCAAAUGGAAAAUUUAUCACCCAUUUGCAUGGGAACACUCAUUAACAAUAUAAUAUUGUAUUUAAGUGGUAAUGAUUGUACAAACACAUCAGUUAUUAAAGUAAGCAAUGACAAUCUGUCAACAAAUGGUGAAUUAUAUUUUUUACCUAGCCUCAAAGUAUGGAAGAAUGUAUUUCAAGGUAAAGAUGUUUGUGAUGGAAAGUGCACAACAAUUUUGCAACAUUAUCUACAUGUGCACGGUGAUCAAAUAGAUGACAAGACUGAUACAGAAAUUGCUAAAGAGGUUUUAUCAUUGUUAAUAUCAUCUAGCAGUGACUGGCCAAUCAAAAUAGAGAGAUAUUUUUUGGAAAAAGAAAGAAUCUGUUUGUUUCUACAACGUGCUCCUAUUAUACACAAUUCAAUUAGGACAGUUAUUGAACAACAGAGUGAAUUUGGAAGAAUUCUACCAAUUAAUAAAAUUUUCAGUUUGAAAAUACAUCAAGACAAAGAAUCUGAACUAACAACUGCAAGGCUACAUUUAAUACAAGUUGUCACUAAAAAUAUUUUGGAUCUCCAUGGCUGUAAAAUAGGCGAAGAAGAUGCCAACUUCAAAUUUGUAUUUACAAGUAAAUCACAAGGAAAAGUGGAAAACAAUUAUGAGAAGAGUGUAUGUGGAGUAGUGAAAAAUUUGGAAACGAAUACUAAAGAAACAAUGUUAACAUGGGAAAAAUACAUAGAAAGUAAAAUUAAUGAAUUGAAAACAUUAAACGAUCAGAAAAAUUUUGAUAUGCCUGAAAGUAAUAUAAGGAUUGAUGACCAUUUCCUUAAAAAUAUUGCAACAGCGACAGUUACAUUUGAAUUACUGUCUGUAAAACCAAGUCGUGCUGUUUUCAUUGGAUACAAUUCUGCGACCGAUAGAAGCACCACAAAUACUAAAGGUGCUUCCUUUAUAUUGUAUAAUGCUACAAGAAUUACAGCUAUUAUUGAAAAAUACAAUAAUAAAAAAUUAGCAGGAGAAUAUCCUGAUUUACCAAAUAUCAAUGAUGUAAACUUUUCUUUACUAGAUCAAGAGGAAGAAUGGGGACUUAUAUAUAACUUUAUUAUUGGAUAUCAAGAAAUGAUAAAAGAUUGUAUAAAAUAUGAGCCCACUUUUCAAACUAAUCCCCAUGUCCUAUGUACAUUUUUAUCACGAUUAUGUCAAAAGUUUAGUGUGUAUUAUCGCAGAAUUAGGAUUUUAACUGAAGCAUAUGACCAUUUAAUUCCAAUGAUGAUUGCAAGAUUAUAUAUGUUACGUGCAUUACAAAUUGUACUACAAAAUGCACUUUCAUUAAUGGAUAUAGUUCCUGUAUCUCGAAUGUAAUGGAAUAAUUUUUAAUUUUUUAAAAAGCAAAUAAAGUAUAAACAUUACA